ACACACCUUUGUACUCUAAAAUUAUUACAAAUUCACACUCACUACUACCCCUACCUUCUCUGACACUUUCUCAUUCUAAACCCUCAUCCUCUCAGAAUCUCACAACAAAUCAGUUCUAGUACACUUCUCCAAACUACUCCCCGAAAUUUCGCAGAGAAUCAGCAGCUACAACAGCACACGCACUUAACUAACUAACUAACGGUUUUCUUUCCCAUUUAACACCAUUCCCUAUUCCAACAAUUUUCAUUUAAUUCCCUUUCCUCACAUAAACUUUCACCAGAAAAAAUCAUAAAACUAUACAAACCAAAAUGAUAACAUUGAAAGAUCUAUACACAGUCUUAACCGCCGUUGUUCCCUUAUACGUUGCAAUGCUCUUAGCCUAUGGUUCAGUCCGUUGGUGGAAGAUUUUCUCGCCGGACCAAUGCUCCGGUAUAAACCGUUUCGUCGCGAUUUUCGCCGUCCCUCUCCUCUCCUUCCAUUUCAUCUCAUCAAACAAUCCAUACCAAAUGAAUUUCAGAUUCAUAGCAGCAGACACACUCCAAAAAAUCAUCAUGCUUUUCGGACUUUCUUUAUGGACAAAUUUCACCAAAAAUGGAAGUUUAGAAUGGAUGAUAACCAUUUUUUCACUUUCAACACUCCCAAACACUUUAGUUAUGGGAAUUCCACUUUUAAUUGCUAUGUAUGGUGAUUAUUCUGGAAGCUUAAUGGUUCAAAUUGUUGUUCUUCAAUGUAUCAUUUGGUACACACUUUUACUCUUUCUUUUUGAGUACCGUGGCGCUAAGCUUUUAAUCAUGGAACAGUUUCCUGAAACCGCGGCUUCCAUCGUUUCAUUUAAAGUCGGUUCCGACGUUGUUUCGUUGGAUGGAAGGGAUUUUCUUGAAACGGAUGCGGCUGUAGGAGAUGAUGGGAAGUUACAUGUUACCGUUAGGAAAUCUAAUGCGUCGCGGAGGUCAUUCAUGAUGAGUACUCCGCGACCAUCGAAUUUGACUGGAGCUGAGAUUUAUAGUCUCAGCUCCACUCCAAGAGGAUCUAAUUUUAACCACGCAGAAUUUUACUCUAUGAUGGGGUUUCAGCCUAGGCAUUCUAAUUUUGGAGCUAAUGAUUUGUAUUCGGUUCAAUCUUCUUCUCGGGGACCCACUCCCAGACCUUCGAAUUUCGAAGAGAAUGGUGUAAGUUCCCCGAGAUUUGGAUUUUAUCCGGCGCAAACUGUGCCAGCUUCGUAUCCGGUGCCGAAUCCGGAAUUCUCAUCCGGUACUAAAAGUUUGAAGAAUCAAAAUCAAAGUCAAAAUUUGUUGCAGCAGCAACCGCAACCACAGCAGCAGGUUUCUUUGCAGACAAAGAGUUCUCAGGAUGCUAAAGAGUUGCAUAUGUUCGUGUGGAGCUCAAGUGCAUCUCCGGUUUCAGAAAGUGCUGGUCUUAAUGUGUUUCGGAAUUCUGAACAAUCUGAAGAGGGUGCUAAAGAGAUUAGGAUGGUGGUGGCUGAUGAACAUAAUCAAAAUGGUGAAACCAAUAACAAAGGUGGCCAAGAAGGGGAACAUGGUGGGGAAGAGGACUUCAAGUUUCAUGGAGUGAAGGGAGGAGAACAAAUUGGAGACAUGAGAGAGAAAGAAGAGCCCAAUGGGCUUAACAAGUUGGGCUCCAAUUCAACAACAGAGGUCCACCCUAAAGCCACCGGAGUCGCGGAUUCCGGUGUCGGAAAACAUAUGCCUCCGGCGAGUGUCAUGACCCGUCUCAUACUAAUUAUGGUUUGGAGGAAGCUUAUCCGUAAUCCCAACACUUAUUCAAGUCUCAUUGGUGUCAUAUGGUCCCUUGUUGCCUUUAGGUGGGAUGUGCAUAUGCCUAAAAUAAUAGAGAAAUCAAUUUCAAUAUUGUCUGAUGCUGGUCUUGGAAUGGCUAUGUUCAGCUUAGGUUUGUUCAUGGCUCUUCAACCAAAGAUAAUUGCAUGUGGGAAUUCUGUUGCCUCAUUUGCCAUGGCUAUACGAUUCAUAGCUGGUCCAGCAGUUAUGGCUGCAGCUGCUAUAGCCGUUGGCCUCCGUGGUACCCUCCUACAUGUAGCUAUUGUUCAGGCAGCACUUCCACAAGGGAUUGUUCCAUUUGUGUUUGCAAAAGAGUACAAUGUCCAUCCAGCCAUUCUUAGUACAGCGGUUAUAUUUGGGAUGUUAAUAGCCCUUCCAAUUACUCUACUCUACUACAUACUUCUUGGUUUGUAAAAUACCUAUUCAUACUUUGGAAGAUAGUAACCAUGCAUGGAAACCACAAGUGGAGUACAUUCUAUUAUUCACAAGGAGUUUUUAUUUAUUAUUAUUUUUUUAUUUGAGAUUGGAAUGGGAUAAUUAAGUAUCAAUACUAACUAGUUAUUUCACCAACAUAUAUUGUCAUUCCAAGGUUCCAAAAGUUUGGGAACUUCAGAAAAUUUGACAGAUAGAAAUGAAUUCUCACAAAUGUCUCCAUGUUAGAAACUUAAAGGGGAUAUAACUUUCAAGGACCUCAAAAGAGAGCAUGUAACAGUGUAAGGGAGACAAAAACAGAGGAAAACAGGGGAAAGCUAGAAUAAGCUAAGUCAAAUGAUAUUUAGAAAUGGUUCCCUUUCUAUCAUCCAUUUGUAAACUAUAUAAGAAAAAUUGGUUUGGAGAGUAAAGUUCAAAAACUGUCUUGUAAUUGUGUAGAGGAAAAGAAUUGGGAAAGACAAUGAAGCCUUUUUUUUUUCUUUCUAA